AAGCAGCAACCUACCAACAAGCAGUGGAGCGAUUCAGGAAAAAGAAAACCGUAAACGCGAAUUGAGAAUAUCAUUGUGCAUCUGCAGGCAAAGGGGACUAACAUGGGUGACGCACUGUGGAAGCUGGAGCAAGUUCUCAUGUCCAAACGGGAGAAAUUGACACCUCAGGAAGCCGAUAUUCUUUCUUCAUGCAAAUCUAAAGCUCUCGACGACUUCAUUGAUAGUGCUUCGCUUGCUGGUAUCGUUGCAUGGUCAGCAACUUGGAAACUCAAGAGAUCAUUUCGUGUCAACCUUACUGCUGGGGCUGCUGCUGUCUUUGGGUUGAGGAGAUUGCUUAGAUCCUUGGAUUCCUCCAUUGAUCAUAUUCUUCAACAGGAUGGGAGUAUAAUGCAGAAGGAGUUAGCAGAUAUAUUGGUGACACAGUUUCAGAAUGAUCCUUCAAAAAUGCGACUUAUCUCUAAGUAUUUUUAUACGGAGAGGGUAUAUGAUGAUUCAACCUCUAAUCACCCCAAAUUGAGAUGGCGAUAUCGGAAUUCCUAUAGCGAUGAUCUUGUCAAUGGUCAGAGGAAACUGGAUUAUGACUUUUCUGAUAGCUCCUUCAGUGACUCUUAUGAUGACUCAAAAAAUAGUUCCCAAAGCAGCCCUAGAGAAGCCUCUGAUGGCGCAAAAACCAGUCUUGAAACCAAGCAUAUUUUUAUAAACCCUGUUCUUGAGAGGGAGGAAGGGACAGAUCCUCUUGACUAUCUUUUUGCUUUUGGUGGUCCGGUGGAAGAGUUUCAUCAUUCUAGUACCCCAAACAAACCACCAGGAAUACACAAUCGUGGCCAUAGAAGAGGUCACCGCAGGCGUCGGAUGCGUCAUCAUCAAGACCUUCCCAACUCUGAAGUGUAAAUCUUGCAACAGCUGGUUAACUGCUGAAUGACAACUUAACAAUGGGUAAGUUGACAUAUAAAAGAUUACAGAACUGUAUAAUCUUGUUAGGGUGGAGAUGAUUUAGAGAUAACUUAGAAUCAGUCUUUGGAUUAGUUUUGCCCUUUUUUUGUCGCUGCUUUGGGUUGUUCGUGCAAGAAAAACCACGCAUCCUUGGUUUAAUAAAAUGAAGUUGUUAUUUAGAUAGUUC